GUAGCUGAAACUGGUUGGGUGUCCUUUGUUCAUCCUGCUUCCCAUACAUUAGAGAGAUGUUGGAGAAAGUUGGUGGGGAUAUUCUAAACACAGCCAGGGUCACUGUGCUCUCAACAGGAAGUGCCGCUUUGUAGCUGAUCCCUUGGAAUCCCAGAGUCACUCUGGAGCAAGAUCGGGAGAACCUCCGAGCUGUGUGACCACAUCGGGCUUUUGCAGCUGUAUUAACUGCUUGGGCAGGAUCAGAUUACACCUCUCUCUCUCUCUCUCUCUCUCUCUCUGCCUCUUUCUUUCUGGCCCCAAGGUCCUAACUUCUGAAACUGGAAGAGGAAGAAGUAAACAUAACACUCCUUCAGGAAUUAUCUCAUUCCUUUUGGAAAGUAACUGAGCACUGCAAACUGGUUGGCGGAAAAAUGGGAAGAAUGAGAAUAAGUAUGUUUCUGGCCACCAUUUUACAUCUUCUGGUCAGCGUUGUUCCUUAUACAAUUGAAGUAACAGAAGAUGGGGAAGAACAUGAAGGUGAUGUAGAUGCUGUUUUGUCCCCACUGAAACAUGUAACAUCGAUCUGUGCAAUGAAAGCUGAUUCUGGCUCAUGCAAAGCAUUAAAUGACCGGUAUCAUUUCAACAUUAAGACUCAGAAGUGUGAAAUCUUUAAUUAUGGUGGAUGUCAAGGCAAUGAGAACAACUUCCUAACUCUUGAAGAGUGCCAAGAAAAGUGUAUAAAACCAUUUGAAGAUUUGCCAGAGAAGAGAAAAAGAACAAGGUUUAAGAAAGAAAAACCUUCUUACUGCCUUCUGGAAAAUGACCCAGGAAUUUGCCGCGGACUGAUUACCCGGUAUUUCUACAAUAAAGAGUCACAGAAAUGUGAGAAGUUCAUGUAUGGUGGUUGUUUGGGAAACCAAAACAACUUUUGGUCUGUGGAAGAAUGCCAAGAUACCUGCCAAGAUACAAACCCUUUAGUCAAUUCAUUGCAAGUAAAUGAUGAUAGCAUACUGUUUACCACAACAGACAACAGCACACGAGUUGAUCAGUUUGUCCUUCCAGUCAAUUCACUGCAAACAGAGGAUGGUGUUUUGCCCUUUCAUGCAGUGGAAAACAGCACUCCAUCUCUCCAACAAGUGCCUUUUAUGCCUUCAGCAGAUUUCUUGCAAGCACAUGAUGACAAUGUGAACCUUAGCAUAAUGAACAAUAGUGCUCCGGUUGUUAAGCAAGGCCAAGAUCUUCUUCCUUCUCUCUGUGUCAUGCGUGUGGACAGAGGCAUUUGCAGAGCCCAGGAAAAAAGAUUCUUCUACAAUUACACUAUCGGGAAGUGCCGCCCAUUCAGCUACAGUGGAUGUGGUGGGAAUGAAAAUAAUUUUACCACUAGGAAGUCAUGCCUUCAGAUGUGUAAGAAAGGUUUCAUUCCAAAGCAAGGACAAAAAGGCAUAAUGAAAAUCCGUCGAAAAAGAAAGAAACGGGUGAAGCUGAUUGCUGGAGAAAUUGUCAUUGAAAGGAUAUAGCUUCAUUUCCUGUACUAAAACACUCUGGAAAUUUACCACUUUGUAACAUUGAUUAUAUAUUUGUUUGCCUUAUUGUCUAUACUUGCCUUAUUUAACAGUUCCCAUCCACAUUAUUCAUUCAUAUUUUAUACUGCUUUUUGUGUUUCUUUUUCAACUGUAAAUUUUAUAGGAAUCACACCCAGAACUAUUUACUUUCAAAGUAAUAUUCUGAUCCUGCACAGAAGUGUCGUGUGAUUUUGGAUUAGAAGACUAGGAAUUUUGGGGUCCCUGGUAUUCCUACUGAAUUGCUUUUCUUAUUCAAAAUAUCCGCAGCAGAGUUAUUAUAAACUGUGAGAAUUAGAAGAUGGACUUCAUCAUUGACUUGGAUUUAAGAAUACAGGUUUCCUUAUGAUCUAAUUGAUUGUGUACAAUAUAAUAUAAUCAAUGUUUAAACAUGAAAUCCCCAUCUUGGAAUUCUUUCUUCUUCCAGGAAAUUGUUUUGAAGGGUUUCCCAUUUUUCCUGAAUAUUGAAGAGUCUUUCAUCUGAAGAUAUCUUGUCAAAAUGUCAAAUUCUGCUAUUACAGCUACUUUUACUAUCCAUUCUUUCAUUCUGGUGUUUCUUCUAGUUUUCAUAUCCACACAUCCACAAUUCUUGCUGCAGCUAUCAUUAGAAUGAAAAGUCUGUCAUAUGUCUUCAGAGUGAUCUAUCUGUUGUGCCUACUAAGAAUGCCCCUUGAUUAGUUUUAAUAUAUUUUUCUAUAAUUUUAUGCAUCAAAAAUUCAUUUUUUGUUCCUUGAGUAACAGGGACCAGACAUUUUAUAAUGCUCCUUUAUACUACAUUGUUCUAACACAGGACUUCCAUUCUUAGCCCUGCCAUUUAAUUUUAAGGAAUUCCUUAUCUGGAAUCCCGCAAUCUGAAGUAUUUCAAAAUGUAAAAUUGUUCACAUGGGUGACUUAGACAUAUUUGCUUUCUAAUAGUUAGUUGUAAAUAAACUUUGUUUCAUGAACAAAAAUAUUAAAAAUACUAUGCAUAAAACUACCUUUAGCCUAUGUGUAUAAGGUGUAUGUGAUGAAGUGUGAAUUUUAACCUACAGUUAGGUAUAAUUAUAGAUAGGUGUUUAAAAGGGUAAGUAUUUGAAAUAACAUAACUGGCGGGGGGGAUGGUAGCCAGCUCUGCUCACUCUGAGCUGGGUUGCUGUGGAAAAAGGGGAAGAGCCAACUGCCACUUGGCAGGGCAGGCAUUUUAAAACAGUCAGCCUGUAGUCUGAGAACUGCAGGAAAGGCUGGUUCUACAGAGUUGAGAAUCAGGGAAGCAGUCUGUAGUUAGAGAACUACAGGGAAAGGCUGGGUCUACUGUGUUGAGAACCAGGAAGGUUUAGGCUUUUAGCCUGUGUGGUUUAGAUAGGUCAAGUUGACUUAUUUAGAUUAGUAGUUGGUGUAUGAACAAAAAGGGGAGAGAACCCCAGUAAGCAUAUUUACUGCAAUAGAAAUAACAUAGGGAAAGAAUAAGCUGGUACCUGAAGCGAACUGUUAAGGAAAGAAACUCAGUUUGAAGAAAAAUAAAGUUAAAACCUGUUUAGUGGAAGGAACAGUCCUCUCAAGAGUUGCUUUAUGAAAUGUUAUAAAUGUAACCUCUAAAGAAAUGUGCCUCUAGGAGUUAAGAAACAUUGAAACCAUUAAGCUUCUUUUAUACUUCAAUAAACUUGUUACAGUUUCUCUUAAA